CCCGCCCGCUCGCGCUCCCCUGGCCACACCCUCCGCCUGGACGCAGCAGCCACCGCCGCGUCCCUCUCCCCACGAGGCUGCCGGCUUAGGACCCCCAGCUCCGACGUAAGUCCCUCUCGCGCGCCACCUCCAUCCGCUGCCCCUCUGCCCACGGGCCGGGCUCAGAUGUCGCCCUCUGGUCGCCUGUGUCUUCUCACCAUCGUUGGCCUGAUUCUCCCCACCAGAGGACAGACGUUGAAAGAUACCACGUCCAGUUCUUCAGCAGACUCAACUAUCGUGGACAUUCAGGUCCCGACACGAGCCCCAGAUGCAGUCUACACAGAACUCCAGCCCACCUCUCCAACCCCAACCUGGCCUGCUGAUGAAACACCACAACCCCAGACCCAGACCCAGCGACUGGAAGGAACGGAUGGGCCUCUAGUGACAGAUCCAGAGACACACAAGAGCACCAAAGCAGCUCAUCCCACUGAUGACACCACGACGCUCUCUGAGAGACCAUCCCCAAGCAUAGACGUCCAGACAGACCCCCAGACCCUCAAGCCAUCUGGUUUUCAUGAGGAUGACCCCUUCUUCUAUGAUGAACACACCCUCCGGAAACGGGGGCUAUUGGUCGCAGCUGUGCUGUUCAUCACAGGCAUCAUCAUCCUCACCAGUGAGAACUGGGGUUGGGUGGGAAGGGCACCAAGACCAGGAGGGGGACUUAUGACUGAGGGCUGGGUUCUCAAAGGUCCCUGGGCAAUUUUGUUUUAAAUGAGGUAUCUAUUAGCUGCAUAUCCAUACAAACCACCACAGAAUUCAGUGGUUUAAAAUAAUGACCAUUUAUUGAGCUCUCAAUACCACAGUUUGGAAACAUAGGUUGGGCUCAGCUGGGUGAUUCUUCUGGUCUCAACUGGAUUUACUCUUGCAUCUGAGUUCAGUUGUGGGUCAGCAGGAAACUUUGUUUCUGGGGUGCCUUGGCUCUUUUCCACAUCAUCUUAUCCUUCACUAAGCUAGCCUGGGCUUGUUCGCAUGGUGGUGGUAAGGAUCUAAGAUAGAGUGAAUGCAUGCAGGCUCAGAACUGGCCAUUAUCACUUCUGCCUCAUUCCAUAGGUCAAAGCAAGUCAUGAGGCUGGGUUUCAUUCAAGGAAAUAGACUCCACCUCUUGAUGGAAAGACAGGCAAAGUCACAUGGCAAAGGACAUGGAUACUGACAGGGAGGGGUAGAGACUAAGGGCCGUUUGGCAGUCAGCAUACCACCCCAGCAGUCACAAGCCCACUGCACCCAGGCCUGGCAGGGAACAAGGGCUGAAAAAGGCUGUGUCAGGAGGAGAUAACUGAGGAUUAAAUGCCUCAUGGAACAACCCCACCCACUCAAUCCAGCAAGAAUAGAGGCUUGAAGCAACCAGAGUAACUACUCUUUUAAGAGCUUAAUGUUUCUGUAAAAUCUUUUGGUACUCAAAUGUUGACAGCUGUGUUGAUCAGGGUCAUGGCAGGUGGCAGAAGGACCUGCAAAGGAUUAACUGGAGAAAGUUUAAUAGAGUGAUAUCUCUGGAGGUACAGGCAGGGUAAUGAGAUGGUGCAGUGCCCUAGGACUAGCAAGGAUGGGGACCUGUUAUCCCCCAGCCUGAGGGACGAGAGGAGGCACUGGCUUUGCAGGAGGCCUGGUGAGAGAUGGAACUGGAGGUGGGGCUGCUGGCAGGAGCUGUGGCCUCAGAAAGAGGGUUCCAGCCACUGCCUCACUUGUGACCAAACCAGGAGGGAGCAGGGGCGGUGGGGAUUAGAUACCUAAACCUCCCUCUCCUCCCACCCCCCUGUCUCCUGCCAAUGCUUAACCAGAGGGCAAGGGGCCCAGGGCCCAAUGCAGGGAGAGGAAGUUGUGGGGAAAGGCAGAAUAACAAGCAGAGAAACUAAUUUUUAAAAAAGGUUUUUAAAAUGUUGUGGGUGAAAUAAAACACGAGCUAUCAGUUAAUCUGUAUAACCAAUGCCAAGUUUCAUUACCUCUCUUGUCCAACUUCCUCAUCAAGAAAAUGAACAUACCCACAUCUUUUUUUGCCUUAAGGGGAGAGGCAGAAUUCUAACAAUCAUAAGACAUGAUUCCUGAUGUGUGCAUGAUCCCCACUGAAUCUGAGAGUCAAGCACUGUUGCCUCGGUCAUACAACAUGUAUGUGUUGAUCCUGACUUUGCACCAGGCCCUAUUCUCACCCCAGUGGCGAAGUUAAGGCUCAGAGAGUUAAGGAGUUUGCCUGAGGUCACACAGCACAGAAGAGUCAGUAAAUUCAUUUGCUGGUGGGACACGGUGGCUCAGUCCUGUAAUCCCAGUACUUUGGGAGGCCAAGGUGGGAGGAUGGCUUGAGCCCAGGGGUUCAAGACCAGCAUGGGCAAAAUAGCAAGACCCUGUCUCUACACAAAUAAUUUUUUUUAAUUAAAAAAAAAAAAGAAUCGGUGAAGGAUUGGACCCAGGUUUGUGUGAGAGCGGAGCCUGAACGUUAGCUCUGGGGCCAUGUAUUUUUCCAACAGCAAAUAUUUGUGGGCACCUAGUCUGUGCCAGACCUAUGCUGGGUGAUGCUGGGGGCAUGGUGGUGACAAGCAGCCCUGGUCCCUGUCCUCAGGAGCUCACAUCUGGUCGAAGAUGAUAAGCAAAUAAAUGCAUGAAUGAGUGGAUACAGAGAAAGAUAUUUGCCAAAUAAAGCAGAGUGACAGGGAAGAGAGGGGUGGGGAGAGAAGCCCUCCCUGGAGUGGUGAAACUGGAACUGGUCCCUGAUGAUGAGAUGAAUCACCAGGUAGAGAGAGCAGCAAGUGCCAAGCCCUGGAGGCAGGAAUGAGCUGCGCCCAUUGCUAUAGCAGCAGAGGAGGCAAAGUAGCCAGGACAGGGUAGGUUGGGGGAGAGGAGAAGACGAGGCCAGAGAGCUGAGGGGCUGGAGGAGGCAAGGGUGGCAGGUGUUUUCUAAAGUACCCUUGGCUUCUAAGUUCCCCCUCCCUCACUCUGGAGCAGCCACAGAUGAGUCUCUGGAACCCAUCUGUGUCCUCCUACCUCAAGGCCUUUGCGCUGCUGUUCCCUCUGCCUGUAACACCCUUCCUCCAGGUGUCUCCCUUACCUCCUUCAGACUUUUGUUCAAAUGUCACCUCCUUGGCGGGCCACAGUGGUUCACGUAUGUAAUCCCAGGACUUUGGGAGGCUGAGGCAGGUGGAUCCCUUGAGGCCAGGAGUUCAAGACCAGCUUGGCCAACAUGGUGAAACCCUGUCUCUACUAAAAAUACAAAAAUUAGCUGGGCUUGGUGGCACAUGCCUGUCAUCCCAGCUACUCGGGAGGCUGAGGCGGGAGAAUCGCUUGAAUCCAGGAGGUGGAGGUUGCAGUGAGCUGAGAUUGUGCCACUGCAUUCCAGCCUGGGUGACACAGCAAGACUCUGUCUCAAAAAAAAAAAAAAAGUAACCUCCUCAUUGAAGCCCCAGUAGCCAUCCCUGUGAGGAUGAGCCCAGCUCCUGGGCCUUAUUUCCCUUUGUAGGACUUAACACCCUCCCACUUAGCACCUUCAUACAUUUGAUUUUGUAAUUUUUCUCCUUGUUGGUCUUUCCCCAUAGAAAGACAACUCUGCCAGGGCAGGGAUUUUUUUCUCUGUCCUCAACUGUGUUCUUAGUGCCUGAAUGAAUGAAUAAGUGAGAUACAAAAUAAUGGGAGUUUCCAAACGGCUCAUCUGUGAGCCUGUGUGGGAAGGGCCUCUCGCAGGGCCCCAGCACUGGCUGUUCUCGGUGUGUUUCUCCAUCAUUUGUUUAUGGAGUUGCCUUUGAGUUUCCCGAGGGGCAGGGUUGAUCAACCUGGUUCCCCAGCCCCAGAACACACGAUAACAAUCAAUAUCACUCUAGCUCGUGACUGAACCAUUUCC